AUGAAGACCUCAUUUAUGACUCUCUUCGGCCUCGUCGCCAGCAUCCUUGCCAUGCCUGCCACCAGACUUAACAGCCGCCAAGCAGGACUCUGCUCAUCGGCCCUCGCCACCCCGCUUUGCUGCGAUGUUGACGUCCUAGGUGUUGCGGACCUUGACUGUGCACCCCCCGCUUCUCAACCAACCGAUCUCCAGAGCUUCAAUGACAUCUGCGCUGCCGAUGGCAAAAUUAACAUGUGCUGCGUCCUCCCUAUUCUCGGACAAGCUCUCGUUUGCCAAGCUCCCAACCCAUAG